AUGGAUCAAGAUUCCCCUGCUAAGCCCAGAGAACAAAAGAUCUCCAGCCAAAGAACAAGGUGGAAAAUACUCCUGCUCAUACUCUGCCUGCUCCACGGUUCAUCCAUGACCCCUCCACACAGGAGACCCCAUUCUGGAGAGCUGCAGGCUGGCUCUCCCCCUUCCAGGACGCCUCUCUGCACUAUGGAAGCACACAGGGCUUCAACACCCUCUUGCUGUUGGAAAAACUCCCUUACAGGUGCAAAUGCACUGAGAGGCCCAAGGCUGGUAUCCGGGGAGCCUGGAGGAGCUGUCACCAUCCGUUGUCAUUAUGCCCCAUCCUCAGUCAACAGGCAUCAAAGAAAAUACUGGUGCCGCCUGGCACCUCCAUUGUGGACCUGCUACACGGUCGUGUCCACCAACCACUACACCCACCGUGACUACAGGGGCCGUGUGGCUCUCACUGACUUUCCACAGAGUGCUCUGUUCAUGGUGAAGCUGUUCCAACUGUCCCCGAAUGACACGGGACUUUACCGCUGCGGUAUCGGUGACCGAAAUGACAAGCUAUUCUUCAGGAUGAAUCUGAUUGUGUCUCCAGGUCCUUCCAACACCACCUAUGCAGCAGUUCCAGCUUCUGGUGAGCUCAUCACAGCAUCUUCUGGGAUAGGAUCCGCAGCAGCCAACAGAAGCACCCCAGGAGUCACCCAGAUUCUAGAAGGUCGAGGAUCAGCAUGGGACAGAACAGCUCCAACUACAAGAAUAAGCAAAACUACAGUUUCAGCCAAUGGAAGAUCAACCCCAAGAAUAGCCAGGACAACAGUUCCAGGGAAAAGCAGCAAAGAGGAGGGCUAUAUCAAGACAACAGUCCCCACUCCAGAGAGUUCAGUUUCAAAAUCAAGAAGCAUGUUCAGUACAACACAGGGUGCUUGGAUAUUGGGUGCUAGGAACUCAGUAACAACUAGUGCCGGCACCAGUGAGGGUGGGAGGACAGGUGCAGUUCCAGAGGCUGAAGAACCACAGGGGGAAACAGAGGUCAGCGCAUCUCCAGGAGCACCGGGAAAGACCGCAGGAACCACCCGGCCAUCAGUCCUGAUCUCAGAGCCUGUGACUUGGGAAACUCUCCAAGAAGCAACAGAGGACAAUUUGUCUAAGCAACGAUUGUUGUACUCCGCAGAAGAGCCAUCCCCAGCUCCAAGUGCAUGGACAUUGAAUGCUACACACAUGCAAGUGGCAUCUGGAAGCAUUGGUAGGAGCCUAGAAAACACUGGUGGAGAAAGUAGCCCCCCAACACCAAGCAGACUUUCAUCCGGGGACCCGAUGUGGACCCCUGGCAAGAGAUCAUCAAUGAAGAGUGUUUUUACAGAAGGAGAAAGCAACUCUUGGAUCCUGACUCCAGUCUCCAGUGUGCUGGUCCUGGUUCUGCUUGCGACUCUGGUCCUCUUGAAAAGGAGACUCUGGAGGACCUCUCAGAAGACAGAAAGGUCACCAAGGAUCACUCUGAUUCAGAUGACACAUUUCCUACCAGACAAGCUCUCCGAUGUGGGAAAGAGCUUGCAGCAGGGUGACCCUCCUUCUGCCCAAGCCAGCCUGACUGUCCUAAAGGACAACUCAGGACCCUGA